AUGGCUUAUGACGGACGACGUGUAUCGACUGAAAGUGAUAAAUCCUCAACGAGUACAGCUCAUUCAACAGAAUCAACUACAACGUAUCCAAGGACUCCUGUUGAUCGAAAAUUAUAUAUUGAAAUACCAAAAACCACAGGUAAUAAACCUAAUGUAAUUAAACGAAAUUCAACUAUGUCAUCACCAGCUGAAAUCGUAUUAGCUCGUGCAAAAAAUACUUUUGUAGAAUUAAACCCACAUUUUGAAUGUUCAUCUUUACCAAAUCAUUGGCGAAAAAAUAAAUCUCUUCAUUUUAUUCUACGAACAAAAAAUCGUCUUGCAAUAAAAUCUAAUACACGUGUUUUUAUUCUUGCUGGUAAUGAAUUUAAUCCAUGUGCAACAUUAAAAAAUAAUGUUAGUUGCUUUCGUAAUGGUCAAGCUGAAUUUAAUGAUUUACGAUUUUUAGCUGCUAGUGGACGAGGUAAAAAAUUUACAUUAAGUAUAAUUAUUGAAACAACACCACCACAACAAUGUACUUAUCGACGAGCCAUUAAAAUAACAGUUGACGGUCCAAGAAAAAAACGUGAAUUGAAACUAAAGUCAGAUGUGAAUGAUACUCAAGCAGAUGAAUCGAAUAUUGAUGGAGAUUCCGAUAAUGAAUCACAAACAACAAGUACUUCGAUGAAUAUUGAUUCCAAACCAACUGUAAAUCAAGGAUCGUCGGGUUUACUUCUUCUUGCGGCUGCAGCUGAAAAGAAACGAAAUGAUGAACAAGAUGAAUCAUCGAGUUAUUCUUAUCCAUCACUACAACAUGGAAUACCUAAUAUAUAUAAUUCUCUUUCACCACCAUCGAUUCUUGCAUCACAAUUUUCUCAUUUAAUUGGUUUUUCUCCAACAUCAAAUGAUUCUACUUCACGUUUAAUACGACGUCCUAAUCAAUCAACAAUUUCGAAUUCAUCACCAUCAUCAAAUCUUAUUUUCAGUUUAACUGGACCAAAUUAUUUUGGAAUUCAUUAUCAACAACAACAACGACGUGAUCAACAAACAACAUCAACUAAUACUUCAACAUCAAAUACUUCAACAAGUACACAUGUUUUAUGUCGAUAA